GUUCGACUCUCAAACACUCUUAAUAUUCUUCUUUUGCCCCAUCCGGUCCCAAACACCUUUUCCAUAACCCUUUAUCGUAAUCGACAACGCGGUUUUAUCUUGCUAAUGUUUUUUUAACCCAGUUUUCUUAUCUCUUUGUGGUUCUCUAUUCCUAGUGGACAUCAAACAGUGACAUAUUCCGUGUCGUCGAAGGGCAUUCAUUCUAAAAAUCCCCCUAAUUCCCACCCCUUUAAUCACCAGCCCGCAAUCUGCAGGGUCUCACUUCUAGUACGCUGCGAAGUUAGACGGUGGCGGCCUUUUCCCUGGCAUUAUUAUAUUAUUAGACUAGUCGGCCUCCGCUGUUUCCAGAAAAAAAUCCCUGGACUCGGCUGCAUUCAAACUGCUGGACGUCUGCUACCUCCGAUGGCUGUUUCUGAUCGACUUGGAUCUAAAUGCAUCAGCUGAGUGGGUGUCUUCUGUUUAUCACUGUCUGAGAUUGCCUAGAAUCCGGUUCUUGGAGAUGUUCCACACCUUUGAAGGAUUCGAAAAUCCGAACAACUCGGCCCCAGCCCGGGGUCGUGGUGAGCGCCAGCCAUCCGUCGGCCGGCGUGUGACUACCCUUCGUGCUUGUACAUCCUGCAGGCAUCGCAAGAUCAAAUGUGACGGCGAAAAGCCGUGCGAAGCAUGUCGGUGGUAUAAGAAAGCCGACCAGUGUCAUUAUGCAGAUCCCCGGCCCUCCCGGAGACAUGUAGAAAAACUCUCCACCACCCUGGAUGAGUAUCGGGGCGUGCUCGAGAAACUCUUCCCCAAUAUCCCACCAGAAAAUCUUGUUAGCUUGCCUCGCGAAAAGCUUUUGGAGCUGACGGGCAAAACAUCCCAGCUGCAGACGCAGCCGCCACACCCAGCGUCGCCAGCUACCUCGGCAUCGGUCGAAGCCCAUGUCUCCCCCGUCUCCAACGAAGAUGGCAACCUGGAAUCUUUGCAGACGAUGCCUGAAGAAUCCGGUGAUUCUCAGAACUCGGGUUAUACCGAGGUAUCCAAUAAUUUUUCGGACGACGUCAAUGCCUUGUCACUCUCAUCUAGACAGCCUUCCUCUUAUCUAGGAGUGUCAUCCAUCAAUGCUGUUCUUAAAGUGAUCCUCUGCCUUGACCCUGGCGCCCUCUCUUACUUCUCUCACUCCUCGACCACCACAGAACCUAGUGAUUCAGCCCUGGGAUACUCCCCAGCAGAGGCACAAACAUGGCCGGUCCAAGAGUCUCAGCAACCAACAACGCCCCCUCAACGACAUCGACCAGUAACAGAGAUGCAGUUGCUCGACGCCUACUUUACUUAUUUUCAGCCAUUCGUGCCCAUGUUAGAUGAGCAAAUCUUCCGCGAUAUCUAUCACUCGGGAUGCAGAAAGGAUGAACGUUGGCUGGCACUACUGAACAUUGUGCUUGCCUUGGGUAGUAUCGCAGCGUGCCCAUCGGAUGACAUGGCCCACACAAUUUACGCCCAGCGCUGUAAGAGCUAUUUGAAUUUAGAAUCUCUUGGCUCUUCGCAUAUAGAGACCAUCCAAACUCUUGGCCUUUUGGGAGGGCAGUAUCUUCAUUACGUUAGUCAACCAAACCUGGCAUAUUCGCUCAUGGGAGCUGCGUUGCGUAUGGCUGCAGCUUUGGGCCUGCACAAAGAGUUUUCAGAUAGCCAGGAAGGGUCGUGUAAACAGAACAUAUAUUCGACAGACCUGAAACGGCGAGUGUGGUGGUCGCUGUUUUGCCUGGACACUUGGGGCUGUAUGACUCUGGGACGACCGAGCAUGGGACGGUUUGGACCGACCAUUACCGUUAAACUGCCACAGUACCGAGAAAGGGGAAAUGUUCUCGACAUUAUACCGCUUCUAGAAAACGUUCGGUUCUGUAAAAUUGCGACACAGAUCCAAGAAAUUUUGGCUGCCGCUCCGUUGACGAGGUACCACGAAAUGUCGCACUUCGAUAAUCAACUAUUAGAGUGGUAUGAGAACCUUCCAUAUAUACUGAAAGACCACGAGCCGUGUUCCGAAUCAAUCAUCAUCACGAGGACAGUCAUGAAAUGGCGGUACUACAACCAGCGUAUGCUCAUAUACCGCCCAACCCUACUUAGCUACGCCAUGCGACGAGUUCCAUAUAUUGCCCUCCGGUCUGAAGAGCGGACGGCAAUUGAGAGGUGUCGACAGAUCGCGGAGGCUACAAUUCAAGACAUUUCUUCCACAGCUCAGUCACAUCAAAUGUCGGGCUGGAGUGCUGUCUGGCUCAUAUUCCAGGCAGUCAUGGUUCCACUAUUGGGAUUAUUUCUCAAUGACAACACAACGAGUGACCCUAGAGCUACUGUUACGAGCUGCCAGUCUCAGGUUGAGAUGGCAAUGCUUGUACUGGCCCGACUGGAACAAUGGAGCCCGACUGCGAAAAGGACGUUGGAUGCCGUAUCGCAGAUAUUGGAGGCCAGUAAGAGAGGGACCAGUAUGGCUAACGAGGUUGGCAUCGUCAACAGCAUGUAUGCUGCCUCACGCGAAGGGACAUUUCCUCGAGCCGCUUCGGGGAUUUUUCCUUCCCAAAACAUUUUCCUACAGAAUGAGGCAGGCUUCGAUCCGUUUGCACCUCCAGUCAUCGAUGACUCGACGGCCCAGUACCUAUGGGACUUCCUGAGCUGGAGUGACAGCAGCCUAUGGCCUGGGAUAACGGACACUAACAGCUUCAACGACGAAACACUGUUCGCCCAAACAGACAAAGCCGUGAAAUAUACCAACAAUGGUGCAGCCUUUAUGGGGGCCUCUAUGGGUGACGGUGCCUACUAUGCAAAUCCACCUUUACCUUACUACUAAAAUGUCAACUAUUGUUUUUUUUUUAAAACAAAAACAUCUAGCCCUUCUGGCUAAGGGCACUUUUUCUUUCUUCUUAUGUCUUUUUUUCUUUUUUCUUUUUUCUUUUUUGCCUUGAUCUUUUUCUUUCCCACUUAUUUUGUCUGGAGAAGCAUUACAGCGAGUUAUAUUUUAGCAAACAGCACGGGAUGGACGAGUGUAUAUAACCAGGAUUUUUAAAAGAGCAUAUAGUGUAUAUGAAUGAUCAUAAGUUUUUGGAUGCCUA